GUUGGCAGCUGUACAGCUGUCAGCACAACUGCAUGGAGAUCACAUACUUUUAGCUCAUUCUGAUUGCUGGCUGGCUGGCUGCUCAGGGCCAGCCUACUUCACACUUGGUCUCUGUCUGAAGCAGAGACGAAGGCUUCUGCUCCUCUGCUUCCCUCUCCCUGCCCGUUCCUCUGUUAAGGUUCUUGCUCAGAAUCAGUGUGCUCAGCACAAGAGCUCCACUACAGAAGUGGAAGCCAUGGCUGUAAAGAUAUUAUUCCUCCUUGUCUCACUCUGUUGCACAUGGAACUCUCUCCUCGCACAGAACGGUGCACAUUUUUCAGAUUGCCCUGUCGAUCUAUACUUUGUGUUGGACACAUCCGAAAGUGUCGCUUUAAGAAGGCAGCCCUAUAAAGACCUUGUAGAACUUGCGAAGAGCUUCACUAUACGUUUCGUCCAGAGAUUGAACAACUGGUACUAUCAGUGUGACCAGACACUGGAAUGGAAUUCCGGUGCACUUCACUACAGUGACGAGGUGAGGAAGAUAUACACCCUCAAUCGUAUGAACCAGAGAGGAAAGGAGGACAUGAUCAACAGCAUCCGGCUGGUGGAAUACAUCGGCAAAGGCACCCAUACAGACUGCGCCAUUCGUAAGGGAACAGAAGAACUUCUAAUGGGUGGCUCUCAUCACCGAGAGAACAAGUACAUGAUCGUAGUAACAGACGGACAUCCAAUCGAAGGGUACAAGGAACCAUGCGGAGGAUUGGAGAGUGCCGCAACCGAUGCAACGAACCAGGGCAUAAAGAUCUUUGCUGUCGCUAUAUCUCCAGAUGAGCAAGCAACAAGGUUGAAGCAUAUUGCCUCUGACAGAUAUCGUCAGAAUUACACAGCAACUAGUCUCAAAGAUUCUGAUGUGAAUGACACAAUCAACCACAUUCUUCAAACAAUUUACAGUGAAGUGGAGCCUGUGUGUUGCUCCUUUGAGUGUCAGCCACUGACAGGAUCAGAUGGAAUUCUUGGUAGCCCAGGAGAACAGGGUUCAAAUGGACGACGGGGUCCCCACGGCUCGAUGGGACCACCAGGUUCUCCAGGCAUGAUUGGUGAAAUUGGACCAGCUGGUCACCCGGGUAUGAAGGGUGACAAGGGAGGGCGUGGCAUUAAGGGUGACAGAGGAUUCAAAGGAGGCAAGGGAUCAAAGGGGUAUCCUGGAAAAGAUGGAUUGGAUGGAGAUAAGGGUGAAGCUGGAUAUGACGGCCUUCCAGGUUGCAUUGGGUCUCCUGGACAUCCUGGCGGACUUGGAUCUCAAGGCCUCAAAGGAGAUCAAGGUCCAUUUGGAACAAAGGGAACGAAGGGUGAUGCCGGCUUAGACGGAGAACCAGGACGAAGUGGACCGGUGGGGGAAACAGGAGAUAAGGGCAGUCUUGGCGGUCGAGGAAGUGCCGGAGAUGCUGGAGAAAGAGGUGAUGACGGACUUCCAGGAAAUGAUGGAGGCAAAGGUGAUGAGGGUCCUCUCGGUGAGCCAGGAUUACCCGGACCUCCGGGUACAAGAGGAAUCAAGGGAUCCAAGGGAGCAGUUGGGCCCGAGGGUCAACCAGGACACGAGGGUCCUCCUGGACUGAGUGGAGUGCCGGGAGAGUCUGGCCAGCCUGGACCCAGGGGAUUCAAAGGAGACAUGGGACCUCCAGGACAAGAGGGGAUCAGAGGACCAAUUGGGCCACAGGGAUACCCUGGAGACGCAGGCCCAAUGGGUGAAAUGGGAGAACAUGGAAGCCCAGGAAAUGGAUCCAGGGGCCCACCCGGAUUCCCCGGAAUUCCAGGGCCGCAAGGAUUGCGUGGAUCCAACGGAACAGAAGGCUUCCCUGGUCCCAAAGGCGAUGAUGGUGAAUCAGGAGACCCAGGGUUUGAUAAUUCUAUUCCAGGAGAACAAGGUCGCAAAGGGGCCAAGGGUUACAGAGGAUCCGAGGGCAAAGAGGGACCCUCAGGUCCCCCAGGACCACCAGGACCCUCUGAAUGCGAAAUAUUGGAUAUCGUUAAGCGUAUGUGCUCUUGCUGUGAAUGUAAGUGUGGGCCCAUUGAUCUCCUGUUUGUGGUGGACAGCUCAGAAAGUAUCGGUGAUGAAAACUUCAAGCUGUCCAAGCAGUUUAUACUCACUGUGAUUGAAAGACUGAGCAAAGAUGAAAAGAUCAAGUUCGAUGGCAAAGAAUCCAAUAUUGGAGUUGUGCAGUAUAGUCACGCUGGAACAGAAGAACUGGUCUCAAUGAAGGAUGCCAACAUAACCUCACUGGCUGAGUUGAAACUCGCAAUUAAAAACCUCAAGUGGAUUGCGGGAGGAACAUUCACCGGUUCGGCACUGGACUGGUCGAAGACUGCUUUCAAAGGAUCACUUGCCCAAGCACGAGUGGUUCUGGUGCUAACAGAUGGACACACAGAUAGUCGGAGAGAUUUGAAACCAUUGACAUCACUUUGCAAUGUGGCCAACGUGGUCUCAGUCGGCGUGAGCGACAUCUUCCGCAGCAAACCAGGCUCGGAGAACCUGGACCUGAUCUCCUGCCACAAUUCCCGGACUCCUGGCCUGAGUCUGCAGCGCAGCACAUUCACGGCUCUGCUGGAGAAUACAUUCCUUGAAAACGUCACUGCUUUCAUCUGCAAAGACAAGAAGUGCCCAGACUAUUCCUGCCCCAUUCAAUUCAACGCCUCAACCGACAUCACCUUCCUGAUUGACAGUUCCACCAGUGUCGGGAGCAAAAACUUUGAAACCACCAAGUCUUUUACCAAGCGACUGGCAGAGCGCUUCCUCGGCGCCAAGGUUAGACCUAAUGUUGCAGUGCGGGUCUCGGUGGUUCAGUACAGUAAAAGAUAUGUGACUGUGGCCGAGUUCUCCAACAACUACACGGAAGUAUCCGGGAGCAUAGCCAAGAUGGAGUUUAUGAAUGACGCCACUGACGUGGGUUCUGCUCUGAAACACGUAAUUGAUGUCCACGUGGGAAACCGCAACAACGCCAAGAGAAAAGUCCUUUUGUUCACGGACGGCCGAUCCCAAGGGGACCUGGUGCAUACCAUAGAGCGGCAGGCACAAUCAGCAAAAUCAAACAAGAUCGCCGUGUACGCCAUUGCUGUGGGUGACCAGAUCAACGAGAACAAUCUCCGAGCUUUAGUAGCCGGCAAAGCAACUGACUACGAUGUAGAUCGCAGUGCACGCUACCUCUACAGGGUAAAGGACUACCCCUCUCUUUUGAAAGGUGUAUUUUAUCAAACUGUUAGCAAACAAAUGUCACUUGAUUAACAAUGAAGACAUUUCUAAGCCCUCUAAGCUCUCUUAUUUUACGCAUAUAAAGUGGUUACUUUGUUUGGGAAUUUGCUUUCUUGAGAUUUGUAUUCUUUUCAAAGAGUAUUUUCAUUCAAGAGUGUUCCUCCCCCACGCCGUCCCUUCACCCUGUGAACUUGCUAUCAUACCCACCGCUUUGCCCUAUACCUGUACCUCUGACUCCUUCCUAUUGUCAGUGAUACUAGGAACACUUUGCCUUCCUGCUCUAGCUCUAGGUUCAGGCAGCAAGAGGCACAAGCUUCCAAGGUUAAAAUGAGCCAGGAUGCUUUCAGAGCCCGAGUAAGCUGCCUCUUGGUCUCUGUGAGAAGGAACAACAAGGCAUGAUAGUCAGCCUGUAGCAGAGUCCCGACCCAAAACAUCACCCAUCCUUUUACUCCAGAGAUGCUGCCUGACCCACUGAGUUACUCCAGCAAUUUGUGUCUAUCUUCGGUAAAUACCAGCAUCUACAGUUCCUUUCUACACAGGUAUGAAUUGGCUAUUGUUUCACCAAUUUUCUGGACGUUAAAUAGGGUGGUACAAAAUGAGCGAUGACCCAACACACCAAAGAGAUCUGACAACUAAUAUUGACAUGGGUUCAUUUUCAGCCAUCAACGACAGUCCGAGAAUCCUUUUGUCCAACAGUUAAGGGCUGAAGGGUUAUUCUAGAACAUCUCAGGGACACUGGGCUACCCGACUGAGUGAGCAGCUGGUGUGGCCCACACACAGGCAUGGUCAGGCCUUCUCUCUGAUCACAACCAAAGGUGCUCCCUGGCCCACACCGCUGUUCCCUAAGCAUUACAGAUACAGAUUAUAUGACGAGGGUGAACCAGUCCAAAUUAUCACCUAUGGACUGGAGUCACUCACACCCUCAGUCUGACCAUGGAUCCAGGCACAGUCACACUCUCAGUCUGACAUGGACUGGGCACAGUCACACUCUCAGUCUGACACGGACUGGGCUCAGUCACAAACUGCGGCUCAGUUACAGACCAGGCCCAGCCAUGAUGUGGGUCCAAUGCAUGCCUCCCCUCUUCAGGCAGUUCUCACGCCUGCCCUGUGGCCUUUAUGUCCAGGAUUUGAUCACCAAAGGUUGUGCUCCUGAGUGCAGUGGGGGGGAAACAGUUUGGACCCCUGCAGCCAUCGUUUGAUGCAAUUAUGACUUUAUGAGUCAGUUUGCUCCUGAUUCCCAAAUUAUUAGCAGGGGGCUCAAGGCUUUGCUUUCUCGCUCUACUGAUGGUUUUAUUCCUUUCGCAGCCUCCACAGGACCCGCUAACUUUUUUUGCGACUAUACUGUACAAUUGGAGUUAGUUCAUUUUAGGGCAAGGCAAUUACAGGUGAUCAAUAGCUGGGAAAAUUGACAGGGGGCACUUAUGUCCUCAAUGGAAAAGGAGCAUGUCAGCAGCUGCUCCACUCGAUUGCCAAUUCCACUAGAUCACCAUCUCCACCAGAUCACUAGCUCCACUCGAUUGCCAACGAUCCAUGCUUAGCAGCAACCUGGAGAAAUAUCGCUGGCUGAAUAUGUUCCCAUAAUGGUUAAAAUCUGGGAUUGAGCUGGUGAUCAGAUUUUCCACUGUGCUGUCUGCCAUGAGUCAGCUGACCCAAUAAUUCAAGCCAUAUCACCUAAAGUCCUGUCGAAUGGUAGCAUUGAAUGAGGAUGAUGGAUAUGGGUGGGAGAGAAUGUAUCUUGUUGUGUUUUAUGAUUGUUGGCAGACCAAUUUCCCUCCUGGGGUAAAUAAAGUUCUAUCGUAUCAUCAAGGGAGAGGGUCACUGUCACAGACUCUAUUUAAAGAGACAGCUUCAUGAUCAUGGCUGCCGCAAAACUGUUUCUAGUCCACUAAUGGAUCUAAAUACUUUGUCCUAAGUACUUGGCAGUAAUAUAAAAAUGUGGAUUUCCAAUAAAACAGUGUGGAUUGAUAUUCUAGCACUGAUACUUUGAAGGAGGUUUAAAGCAGCUGUGACUGAUAACUGUUGCAACUUGUACACUAAUAUGUACAUCAGUAUAUCUUCCCAAACAUUGGGUGGCAAAAUUGGAUCGGGUUCGUUCCAAUGCUCCGUUGCUUAAGAAAUCGGUCCUCUCUUUUUUUUAACCAAAGACCAUUCGGCGUGGAGUGAGUUAAAGUCAUUGGAAGAGAUAGUUGAAGUCAGGAUUAAAGGAAAAUUGGAUGUACAUAAAAGGACAUCAAGUUGGUUCUUCCAAAGGGAGAAGGGAUUAAGUGAUUUAAUGAACGGGAGGUUAGUUGGGGAUAAUUUGUGGAAGGACUACUUGAUGGUUUAGAAACCAAAGUCGUUGCAGAUGGCUGUUGCUAGAUAUAAUUACAGAGUGUGAUACAUGGGCUGUGAACCUGUCCUCAUCCUGAUUAUUUGUGGAUGAUCAUGGCUUCAAGAGACAAUAACUCAAUUACAACAAAGAUGUUAGAUUAAUGGGUCCUGCUGGAUGGAUAAUACCACAAGGAAUGAAUCUCGGCAAAUGCUUUGGAAGUUCUAUCCAUACCGAGACCUAAUCAUUCAAUAUUUUAUUUUAAUGAGCAAACUGUGUUAUGAUCAGCAAGUAACCACCUUGAAUGUAAAUAAAUGUUACUUUGAAGUAAUCUUAUAUUGGUGCUAUGAACAUAGAGGGCUACACAAAACUAAACCUACAACACUUUACUUUUUGGACCAUGUGUGAGGUAAAAACCUGCUUUAAUCUAAUCUGUAUUUGGCAGAACUCAUUUUGUAUUUGUAAAAUAUUAACAUUUUUUUACGGGGCCGGUAUCAUGUUUGCAGUCACAUUUGUAAUGAAACAGUAGGAUAUCAUAUACAGAUUGGGUUAUAAAUGUUAAAUAAAGAAUUUCAUGUGCACUGCCAGUACUUGAA